AUGAACCAUUUCAUUACGUUACCUGACUCCGGAUGGUUUUGUAAGAUUUUCGAGCCCUUUUUUCAUCGAAACGUUUAACUUUUUAUUUAAGUUUCAGUUUCUUGCUAUAAACAUGUUUUACAGGCAUUUUCUUACGUUUCCUUUGCUUCUCACCAUUUGGACCUUUUCUUUCAUCCAAUGUUCGAAAAAAUCACCGAAAAUCUCAAACGAUUCCAAAGUUCCUAAAGAUCCUGGCUUGUCGAAAUCGGUUCGGGAACUCUUUUACUUCUUUUUUUAUUGGAUAAUUGUUGAAGAAGAUUAAAAAAAUCCAUAUGUUCGAGCUACCACCACGACAACGACGACAAAAAAAGCACUUCGAAGGUUUUUUUCAUAUUACCUGAUUGUGAGAAUUUUUCCAAUUUUUUUGUGUCGCUUUAAAAAUGUUAGAAGUAGCAUUGAAGCCACGAAAAAAAAUUUAUUUUUCUCAAAGUUGUAAUUUCUCGGAACCUUAAUUGAUAUUUUGCAAAUCUAUAUCAGGAAAGCUUUAAAAACUCUGAAACUUUGCUCUAGCGAACACUGUCUCUAAUUGGUUAGCCCCUGCCCCUAUGAAAUAACACGAACUUUUGAACAGUUUUUUUAAUUUCGAGAAAAUUUUAGAUAUCAAAAAAAGCAGAAGGCUUUUUGAAAAAUCUGUCGAAGAGGUAUUUAAGAAAAAAACCGAAAUUAAAAAAACCAAUUAAAUUAUUUUUUUCAUUUCCAAUUUUGAAGAAGCCGAGUGUUUCCAAAUCGGACCCCAUCAAAAAACCGGAUACGGUAAAGAAAUCGGUCCAAGAAUCUCCGCCGAAAAAGACGCCACCAAAAGAAGUUGCUGAACCGAAGCCGGAAAAAGCGGACAAACCGAAAAGUUUGGAGCGAAGCGACGAUAAAGUUCAUUUUUUCAUCGACUUUUCCACAUCUUUCCGAGUUUCAGAAACAAAAAACGCUGAAUUGCGACGUCGUCGAGGUUGUCAAUGUUGAGCACAAGGUUUUCUCCGAUUUCAUCAUUCCAGAACCCAAUGGAUUUCUUCCAGGGCGAAUUACCUACUCACUCGGCGGUCGACGAUGAUUAUUUGAACAAUUUGGGCGAGAAGACGAAAAAAAUUCAAGUCUAA